AUGACCGCCAAUGAUGAAGGCCGAGGAUCGUCUGGACUUCUUGGGCGUCUUCCAGCCGAAGUGCUCAAUGAAAUAUUAUGCGAACUACAAAACAUCGACUUAAAAAAUCUGCGCCAAACGUGCACGUAUUUCAAGGAUGUCGUACAUCUUCGCCUUAGCCGCCUCUUCCUUUCGCCCAACUUGCGCGAUAUAGAGGUCUUCAGAGCUGUUGCUGAUCACGAAACACUUCGGUUCCAGGUCACAGAGAUCAUUUACGAUGAUGCACGUUUUGAUUCAGCCCAUGAAAUGGAGUGGUUCUCGUGGUAUAACGAAGAAAGGGAUAUCGGUGAGGUCACUGGAGUUCCUGACUGGUAUCGCCACGUCUACCGUGAGAAUCGCAACAUGGUCGAGCGGGCAAAGCCACGCCAUCGCCAAGUUAAAGAAGCUUUUGAACAUCUACUCAGCCCAGCAGAAGCAUUCAAACAUUUCAAGAGAUUGUGGCAAGAACAGCAAGACACGAUUGCCACAAACAGAGACGCCGAUGCGCUGAAGUAUGGGCUGCUACGUUUCCCUAAUCUGAAAAGAGUGGUAGUUAGUCCUGCAGCUCAUGGAAAGCCUGGGCUACCCUGGUAUCUCACGCCCACUAUCAGAUCACUCCCACGCGGUCUCCUUUACCCUAUUGAGCGUGGGUGGCCUCUUAUAAGGAUGCAUUCCAACUUUCCUGAAGCGAAGGAUUGGGAUAGCUCGGAGAAGGAUAAAUGGCGAGGCUAUUGUCUUGUCAGUCGCAUCAUCGCCCAACACCUACGAGAAAAUCCGGAGAGUAAACUUGCCGACUUGGCUAUUGAUGUCAAUCAUCUUCGGACAGGGAUCAGCUGUCGUAUUUUUGAUGACGCCGAGAACAGCGAGAUCAAAGACCUGAAUACUAUCUUAAGUCAUACUGGGUUCGCAGCCCUCAACCUCUCCCUACACUGCGGCAACCAGUGUAACAUGAACUGGUGCUCUUUUCGAAGUAAUCAUUUGCGAAACACACUUUCCAAGGCGAGGCAUAUCCAAAAUUUUAAUCUAUUGACUAAUGUUGUUUAUGUGGACGACUUCUAUUAUGACUCUGACGACCCUGAUGAAGAUAGAGACGAAGGAGACCACUUUAUUCCUUUGCAGAGUAUCUUCCCUGUGAACGACUGGCACCAACUUCGACAUUUCGGCCUUUGCCGAUUUAUCGUUAAAAAGGACGAUGUCAUUGAAUUUCUUGGAGCUUUACCGCCAACCCUGGAGUCUGUUGAGCUGAGUUUCUUUAUAUUUAUGCCCGAUAGUGGUGACUAUCACAGCUUGGUGCACGACAUGCGGGAGAAACUUGGCUGGCGCGGGCGGGACUCAGAAAACCAGCCCAAAAUCGUUGUUCGCGUUGACGUUAGUUUUGGCCGGGUUUAUGGCGCUGUGAUGAUGGAUGUUAGCCGGGAAGUGACCAAUUUCAUGUAUCAGGACGGAAAGAACCCAUUUAGUGAAGAUGAGGGAUGUGUUGAGGAUCCCUAUAUUCCUCAAAGUGAUACGCCUGAAGGUAAUGGGAGGCUCUUGGAUGCAUUUGAUCCCAGUUUUGAGGAGCCUAAUGUUAGCAGGCUUGCAAUGCAAGCUUAG